GGCAGCCAAAGAACUAGAACAUAUAGAAAGGUUUUUCGUUAUUUAACAAACGAUACCGUUUAUGUGGCUCUCGUUCUAUUAUGUUGCUCCUCUAAUAUGCGUUUUUAUCUGUUGUAAGUUAAACUGAGGUGAAAUGCGACUCAUCAUUACAUGAUACAGACAGAAUUAACUGGGUGUAUCCAGACAUGAAUCUACAGUUUUUCUAUCUACUUGGUUUCUAUAGCGUAGCUGCUGUAUUGUUUUGGUUAAGAAAUUUGCCUGUUACAGCUACGGAUCACUGUCACUAAGUGAUGGAUGAGCAGACCGGCUCUCCUGCCGCCAACACUGACAGCAACAGUCAGAGAAAUGGAGAUGAGAAGGCUCGACGUGGCAGCUGGUCCAAAGGGAGGAAGAGGAAGAAGCCAAUGAAGGACAGCAACGCGCCCAAAGCUCCCCUGACGGGCUACGUUCGCUUCAUGAAUGACAGGCGGGAGCAGCUGCGGGCAGAGCGUCCAGACGUGCCCUUUCCAGAGAUUACGAGGAUGCUUGGCAAUGAGUGGAGCAAGCUGCCCCCGGAGGAGAAGCAGCGAUUUUUGGAUGAAGCGGAGCGAGAUAAGGAGCGCUACAUGCGAGAGCUGGAGAAGUACCAGAAGACUGAGGCCUACAAACAUUUCACCAGGAAGGUCCAGGAGAAGCAGAAGGGCAAGAGGCACAGGGGAGAUGUUGGGCACCAAGUCGCCAGUGAGGCUCUUCACGAGAAAGAUGGAGAAGGAAAGGACCGGACCGUGUUCGACAUACCGAUCUUCACGGAGGAGUUCCUCAACCACAGCAAAGCGCGAGAGGCUGAGAUGCGGCAGCUCCGCAAGACCAACAUGGAGUACGAGGAGCGCAACGCGGCGCUGCAGAAACACGUGGAGAGCAUGCGCGGGGCGGUGGAACGGCUGGAGGGCGACGUCAUGCAGGAGAGAGAACGCAACGGGCUCCUCCGCCAGCACCUGGAGACCCUGCGCCAGGCGCUCACCUCCAGCUUCUCAUCGGUGCCGCUGCCAGGGAGUGGAGAAACCCCCACCCUUGACACUAUCGACUCUUACAUGAAGAAGCUCCACAGCAUCAUUGUCAGUAACCCCCAGGAGCACGACAAUCUCAUCAGCACAGUGAGAGAUGUAGUCAGCCGCUUGGACAGGUAG